AUGAGCAAAAAGUUCAAAUCCCAGGCCUCCAGCAGUCGCGCUGCUGCCAGCGCCUUUGGUGGAUUCGGUGGCUUCUCCAGCCAAGGUCGCGAGCCAUCGGCUCUCACAUACAUCGCGGAGCCACCAGAUCUCUCACGCAUUGCCGAACAGCAACUGGUGAUCGCAUUCAAGAACCUGCAGAAGAAAGAUGAGAUCACACGGACGAAAGCUUUGGAGGAGCUCAAGGACUAUAUUCUCGCCAUUGAGGGCCGGAAUGGAACUCUCGAUGACGGGCUAUUGGACGCAUGGGUGAAAAUAUACCCGCGAGCUUCAAUCGACCUCUCUCGCAGAGUUAGACAGUUGGCACAUCUCCUACAGGGCUCAAUUGCUUCCCUCGUGGGCAAGCGCAUCGUGCCUUACCUCCCCAAGGUGGUGGGCGCAUGGCUCGCCGGACUCUACGACAAUGACCGACCGGUCCAUCGGUCUGCCCUAGAGUCGUUCAGCAAAGUCUUCUCUACGGAGGAGAAAAGGAACAAUGUAUGGAAUAUCUACCAAAGUUCGAUCCUGGACUUUGUAGAUGAUGUCAUCCUUCAUCAGACUUCCUUAACAUUGAGCGACGAGAGAACUGUCAAGCGUGAUGAUGCUGAAGCAAAAUACGCACGCGUAGUGGGAGCUGCAGCUCUGCUAUUCAACAGAAUUCUGGGGAAUUCAGCAGACGUCGACCUGCAGAAAGAUAUGGCCACCAUCGAGAAUCUCCUGGGGAGUAAGUCGCUGUGGGCUUUCUGCCAUAAUGACGAUCCAUAUGUUCGUCGAUCAAUAUAUAUUCUCCUGCGAUCUGCGGUUUCCCGAGAACCAGCAUGGCUUGAUUGGAACGUCCUCAGCACGUCUGUAAUUGGGAAAUCGUUAUCUAUCCCACAGAUUGGAUCUGCUUCCGAGCUGUCUGAAUCUCUCCUGCUAUUGACAUCAUCACGCCCCCAAGUCUGGACUGAGGAUUAUACUGGAAAGUCAUCCUCCUCGAAAAGGCUACGCCAGUACAUUCAAAAGGGGUCUCAAGGCGGUCCCGGGCUCUUUUGGUCAAACCUCGAUAAUUUAUUGCGAAUUGUGCCAUCUCAAGUUCUUGCAGGAGCUGACAAGACAUCUGCCAAUGAGGAAAUCAAUGCCUCAAGUGCCGUUGUCCUGGCGGAAGCUUUUCAAGAAGGCCUCUGUUCUCGAGAAGAACCACGCCAGAAUCUUGCUAUUGGGUGGAAAUCCUACGUCCACGUCGGGACGUGGCUCGCAAGUCUACUGCCUCAGGAUCAAAGAUCCGAAUUUAUCCAAAAGAGAAUGUCUCCUCUGGUGGAAAAUUACGUGCGGCCUGAAACUGCUCAAUGGUUGCUGCCGCCACAAGCCGCUGAAGAUAUUUGCGUCACUUAUCUCGCCAGUGCAGCUUCACAAAGACAGGAUCAAGAGAUCCACUCAUUGUGGACAAAAUUGUCAGACGAUUUGCUGCAAGCAGUGAAGUUAUCAUCCCCUGAGCAGUCAAAAGAUUUUCGGACAUCACAAAAUUCGAUUUGCGAUCAAUCAAAGCGCUUGUUUUCCUUAGAAGCUGCGCUGGUCUCUUGGGUUCCAGACAAGGAUGAAGAAUUUGUUCUGGGAGUCUUCGACAAAACAGGCUUAUCCCUACUUCAUGAAUGCUUGCAAGUUCUUCGAUCUCGCAACGGGAAGCCGUAUGGAGCUGCGGCUGUGGUGGAGGAAUGCGUGCGGCAUAUGCCCCAAAUUGCACAGCGCUCACAGGAGCUUCUGAGCUUCGUCCAAACAGAUGCGCCGGGGCUUCUGAACUCGCCAUCCGCGGACCGCUUGAUUGCAACAAUCCUGCUAUGUCGGGAGUGGGAUGGAUUUGCGUCUAGCUUUGAGAACAUUGUCGAGCGGACCAUGGAGCUGGAGCCUGAGCAGUCGAAUGCAAGCGUUCUUCAGAACCUGCUCUCAACCCUCGAUUUCAAUGAAGUCGGAGACAGAGACAAGCUCGCUUCCCUCGUGAUGCGGGCUCUGGAUAAUGCCUGCAAAGGAAGCCAACCCCAUUGGCCAAUUAUCACGGCUGUCCUUCAAAACCACUCCUCUCGUGGCGAAUUGCUGGAUCGCAUCUUUCUGUCGAUCAUUGACUCCUUAUCUUCGGAGGACAGAGUGUUUGACGCGUUGCACGGGCUUUCUCAAAUCGGAAAGACUACACCGUCAGCAGUGAAGGCGUUCCAAAGUGGAUCUCAUGGAUCAAAGUUGGCAGGGAAGCUUCUGUACCUCACAGAGUCUCCCUCAGAGGAAGUGGCUAAUCUUGCAGAAUCUUUAAUGAGGACCUUCAAGGAAUCUUCCAUUGGUGGUACCAGCGCCAAGUCUAACAUUGAAAUCCUUCAUCACGAGUUUAGCCAAGUCAGCGAAGAGUCAUUAUCUAUCCACUCUCUCAUUGCCAUCGCAGAAGAAGUGGCUCAUAGCUCGAAACCGGAGACGUCCACAAGUAUCACAGACAUCCUUCCGUCUCGCAGCUCAUGGGAGGAUGCAUUGAGUCCGUUUCUCCAAAUCCCCCCUCGACCCUCGACGGCCAUCACAAGCCCGUUGGGUGGCACUGUGCAGCUCAUCCAACGUGAGCUAUCGGAUUCAUUCAGGGCGUUAUGGCUAUCUAUUCCCCGAGAUUCAGCUCGUUGCUCCGCAGCAUUCCGCCUAGCCACUUUCACGAUUAGAGCUCUGUCCUCGUUUGAUAUUGUAAAUCAAUUGGACAAGGAAGCCCUUGAGACAUUGUUCUAUUUUCUUCCGUUGGCCAUCCAGCUCAUGGAUGACGAUCUGAGCAUCGAAAACUGCAACGGCAUUACAGGUCUCGAGCUAGCCGACCAACGAGAAGAGUAUAUGGACACUGUUCUUGAUGGCCGAAAGGUUAUCGCUACCUGGAUCCAUGCCCAAGAGCCAUUGAAGUCUUUACAAGAUAUGUCUAUCUCUUCUUUGUUUACUUUGUUCUGGGAGUCCAAAUUGGAAGCACUCGAUGGCACCACUCCCAUAAAUUACAGGGUUGGAGAGGCCUAUGUGAAGAUUAUGAACAGUGUCGAUUCAGUGCAUGCUUCAAAAUCAUCGGACGAGGUUGCCAAAAUCUGCAGGGAGGCGCGGACAGCCAAUGCCAUCCGCUCAACAGCUAGAUUUGCCGUCUUGCGGAGUUCUAUUCUGUCUAACCCCGUUGGGAAUCGGAUAUGCAAUGAAUUGGUUGCUGAUUCAACUGGACUCAAGCCUCAGGAGGAGCGCUCAGAUGGUCUGCGAAAACUAGUCCUUCUCAAUACAUUGUUUGCAGGGGAAGAAAACGUCGCUUCGACCAUUCCAAACCAGAGAUUGGUUUUCCUUACCAAGCAUCUGCUGCAAUGCCUCCAGUCUGAUAUUAAAUCUCUCGGGAUACGAGCCGAAAUCAUCAAGACACUGGCAUUUGUUCUCCCAUGUCUCGGCGAGAUUUACGGAUCACAUUGGGAGGAGAGCAUGGAGGUUCUCAGUGCUACCUGGAGAGAGACCAGUGGUGGUGAAGAUGCAUUGCCGUUGCUGGUGGCGUCAUUCGGACUCUUCUUGCGUUUGAAGUCCAUUGCCGAAAGUGACAGUAAUGAUGAUGUUCAGGAUGCUUGGUCCGAGCGGAAAGCUGGGCUUUUCAAUGAUUUGGCUUCUACAAUUGACAAGUUUGACUCAACCACUACGUUCCAUCAACCUCGUGACGUGGCUGUUGAUAGACUGCGUCGUUUGAUCAACACAAUCCCGAUUGAGAAGCUGGAGGAUGUCAGCGAGAUCUUCCAGCUUCUGACUGCGCACAGUCGAGCAGUCCAGCGAACAGCCUACACGAUCCUCCACCGGUACAUCCCGCAGACGCAGGAGCAGGUCUCGUUCGAUGUAGCUUUGUCGAAGACGGCAGUCAGCCUGCCCGACGAGCUUCUAUCGUUGCUUCUUGAACCCCCGACAAUGCAGGCGGUGUCGUUGUCCUAUGGUGAUGACAAGAUGUGGACCAGCAUGAGGUCAUAUCUUCUGAGCUGGAAGGUGGUCUUUGACCACUUUACCAAUGCGUCCCUCCCCGUCCAAGAGUACUACGCAUCCAACAUCAAAGAGAACGAGAUACUGAUUCCCUUGCUGGAGUUCACGUUCGCCUUCCUUCAAAAGUCACAUGGCAAGAUCGUCGAUGCUUCCAAGCUUGAUGUGCGGUCUUUUGAGCCAGAUGAGUCCGAGAGCGCCGAGAAAGAAACGCAGUGGCUUCUGGUGCAUCUGUACUACUUGUGUCUGCGGCAUUUGGCGAACAUGACAAAGACCUGGUGGAUUGACACCAAGAAACGGGUUAAGGGUCCCGUGGAAGUCUGGACUGAGAAAUACAUCUCCCCUCUUGUCGUCAUGGAUGCUCUGCAGAGCGUAACCGAAUGGGUUUCGACGCAGGACCAGGAUGAAGAACGCGCCUUGUCUGUGAAGGUUUCACCCAGAACUGCUGAGAUCAUUGCUAGUGUGACCGUGGACGAGGAGUCUCCGGAUGUCGCCAUCUCGAUCUCGCUGCCUCCCGCGUACCCGCUUCAGCCGGCGGUGGUCGUCGGCCGGAGCCGGGUGCUGGUGGAUGAGAAGAAGUGGAAGAGCUGGCUGCUCACAAUCCAAGGCGUGAUAAUGUUCGCCAACGGCAAUCUCGUUGAUGGGCUGCUGGCCUUCCGGCGCAACGUGCAAGGAGCGCUCAAGGGCCAGAGCGAGUGCGCGAUCUGCUACUCGGUCAUCUCGACAGACAUGCAGACGCCCAACAAGCGGUGCGCGACAUGCAAGAACACCUUUCACUCGAUCCCCAACCUUAACACUCUCCGACGAGGUGGCCGCCGGUCCCGACCCGAUGAUGGCCCAUCGCGCCCUCAAGGAAAAGACUGUGUGGUCCAGGGCACGGAUAAUGACGCCAGCGUCUCCCGGCUGAGCGCCGUCGAGCUGGGGUACUUGGACGACGCGUACGUAGAGGCAUUGACACCGUCCGAAUCGGCGACCAGGCGGCUUCCAAUUAUCAAUCGAGGAACCUAUGUUCGCGCUACCGCGAUCGACCAGCUCGUCGCUCGCUUCCUCGGCCCGUACAGCGCGGACAACCAGAUGAAACAGAUCAUCUCGCUGGGUGCUGGUUCUGAUACACGGAUCUUUCGCCUGCUCUCGUCGCGUUCGGCCCCAGACUUUGUCUACCACGAGAUCGAUUUCCCCGUCAACACAGCGGCUAAGGUCCGUGCUAUUCGCUCAUCACCGCUGCUGCAACAAGUGCUAGGCAUCAAUGCCUCCGAGAAUAAGGUGACGGUCUCGGAAUCCGCGGAUGCCCUUCACUCGCCCGCGUAUCACCUCCAUCCUCUCGACCUGCGCGUCCUCUCCCCGGACACACCAUCUCCAGAAACAUUACUUCCUGGCGUGGAAACCGGGCUACCAACCCUCCUGAUCUCCGAAUGCUGUCUGAUCUACCUAUCACCAACUGAAGCCGACAAUGUCGUUGCCUUCUUCACGAAACUCAUUUCCAACCAUGCCGCACAACCACCCACCACCCCCCUCGGGCUAAUCUUCUACGAACCAAUCCGACCAAACGACCCCUUUGGCCGCACAAUGGUCUCCAAUCUCGCAGCGCGUGGAAUCCACCUUCAGACUCUGCAUCGGUAUGCCUCGCUCGAGGCACAGCGGGCCCGGUUCCGGGAACAGGGACUCGCGAGCGGACAGGCCGCUGCAGAUAUUGAUUUUAUUUGGGAGCGAUGGGUGGACGAGGAGGAGAAAGAGCGUGUGGCCGGGUUAGAGAUGCUGGAUGAGAUGGAGGAGUGGCGGUUGCUGGCUCGGCAUUACUGCGUUGCUUGGGGGUGGAGGGAUCGUGAUGAUGAGCCGGUAUUUGGGGGAUGGAAGACCUUGGAGGCUCAGGAGGACAGCGAGUGA